UUUCAUCUCGUACAAAAUCCCGAUAGGUUAACUUGGAACUUGAAAGUUGAAACAGUGUGAGGUUUGGGACGGGGAGCCUCCCUCGGCUGCCAGCUGAUCUUGUUGUUUGAAACAGAGCAUAUCCGCCGCUUCUUAGCUCCGUUGGCGAAGAAGAAGAACAAACGUCGUCUAUGGCAGCGGUGGAAUGUCAAUUUGCUGCUGCCACAGGAGCAACAGCUCCGUCUGUCACAGUGGCGGAGAUCCAUGGGAGAGGAAGGGCUCUCGUAUCCUCGCAGCCGCUAAAAGCCGGUCAAAUCGUCUUCAGAGACUCUCCCAUCCUCCUCUACUCUGCUUUCCCCUUCGAAUGCGAUGGUGCUAGCUCCUCCUCCAUCGCCGCCGAUCGCAACUACUGUUCCCACUGCUUCAGAAAGCUCCACAUCGCCGCCGGCGCCUCCAUCAUUUCCUGCCCCUCAUGCUCCCAUACCUCUUUCUGUAGUCCUAGCUGCCGAUCGGCGGCUCUGUCUUCGACCCAUACCCCUUGGGUCUGCCGAACCCUAAUUCGCCUGAGAAACUGCCCUUCGCUGGUCGCGCUCGACCAAGAUCGCCAAGUCCAGGCCCGCUUCCUCGUCGCCGCCUACAACCUCGCUGCCGUUUCUCCAUCCGACUUCCAGAUUUUGCUCUCUCUUCAAGGCGCUGGAGACGGCAACGACGCCGCCGUGUUCCUUCAUUCCCUCAUCUCUUCCCUCUCUCCUCCUCCUCAAAGCGUAUCCGUGGAACUCACAGCGGCUCUGCUUGCUAAGGACAAGCUCAAUGCCUUCGGUUUGAUGGAGCCUUUCUCACCGGGAGGGGAGAGAUCCGUCAGGGCUUAUGGUAUGUAUCCCAAUGCGUCUUUCUUUAACCACGAUUGCCUUCCCAACGCUUGCAGAUUCGAUUAUGUGGACACCGAUCCCGAUGGAAAUACGGACAUUAUCGUGAGAAUGAUUCACGAUGUUCCCCGAGGAAGGGAAAUUUGUUUGAGCUACUUUCCUGUGAACGAGAAGUAUUCACACAGGCAGAGGAGGCUCCUGGAAGAUUAUGGCUUUACCUGCGAAUGCGAUCGGUGCAAGGUUGAAGCGAAUUGGUCAGAUGAGGAGGAGGAGGAGGAGGAGGGUGAUGAGAUGGAUGAAGACAGUGAUGACCGAAUGGGUAUGGGGGUGGAUGAUGUAGAGAAUGCAUUGGAAGCAGAAAGUGACUUCCCUCAUGCCUACUUCUUUCUGAGAUACAUGUGCAAUAGAGAUAAUUGUUGGGGUACAUUGGCUCCAUUGCCUCCUUCCAAUGAUGGUACACCAUCGAAUGUUGUGGAGUGUAAUGUUUGCGGCAGCUUGAAGAAGGACGAGGAUGAAGGAGACGCCAAUUCGAUGGAUGAUUGACUCUCUGUACCGCCUUUUUCUUGCAAAGUGCAGAUAGAAGAAGCAAUGUAUGCAUUCUCACUGCCGCAGUUCUUGGUGGUAUUGCUAUUGCAGAUAUUUUGUUAGAUGUAAUUUAGGUAAUAGAGUGCUGUUGUUUUGGAUUUAUCAGCUAGGCUUUUCCACUGCAUGUUUAUUUUUAUUUAUUUAAUUUUUGAAAGGAUAGAAAUACUUGCAAAUACAUAGAAGAUAUUAACCAUCGUCAUUUUAUAAUGUUCCUCAAAAGUAUUUUUGGUUCUUUUAUGUUGGAAGUGUGAGAUUAGGCAAGAUCAAUUUAAACUGCGGCUGGACUUUACCAUCGGGUGAUUUGUGAACAAGAUGAACCAAAAGAUGUGGUCCUGGGAAGGUACAUAUUUUGCCUUGGCAUGGGCUAUAUCUUCCAUUACUGCUCUUUACUAGGUCGGUCCUCUGCGCACGUAACACUGCAUUUGAUCGGGAAGAAGUGGAGAGUAGGAGAGAACUGAUGCUUCUCUCAUUUGAUUCACGUUGGGUGUGAUUCAUCACAUGGGUUGAAAUGGGUGAAAAUGAUGGUUUUGUUUCUUAAACCAAGGGGAAAUGAAGAGACAUGGAAAGAAGCUACUUCAAAAGAUUGGAGCACCCCACGGUUUUCAUUUGGACAAAGAGUUUUGUUUGAGAAAGGAAAAAGAAAAUGAGAAGAAAAAUUAAUUUUUCAUUUUUACUAUGACAAAUGCUAUUUAAAUCAAUUUUCUUUUUUCUUUUUAAAUAGACAAUGACAUUUAAAAUCAAAAUUUUUGUCAAUUGUUGUAUAUCUUAUUUAUUUA